ACAAAAAAAAAUUAUAACCGUUGCAUGUGUAUAGUAGAAGAAUAUAUUCAUAAGAAAAAGAAGAGGAUAAUAAUUGUUAUUAGUAAAACCAACGAUAAUUGGUUUAUCAUUCCAAAAUUAAUAACGAAGAAUGGGCAAGAGAAGACCAUGGGAUCAUAAAAAAAUUAUUUCAUCAAUGGUUAAGUUAGCUAAUGAUCAGAAAGUGGUAGUUUGGUCUGAACUUACCGCAGAUUUAAAGGAUUUGAUUGUUUCACAGUAUAAUGGAAAAAAUAUUGCUAGAUUCAAAGGUGAUUGGAAAAGAAAGUUGAAGUUAAUCGCUAAUGCCGCUGGAUACAGUAUUUCAAAAUUUAAUGAAAACGCAUGGCUCGGUAUCGAAAAGUCAUCAAAUUACAAUUUGUCAGAAGAGGAGAAAAGACGCGUUUUAGCUCGAUACAAUACUAUUGAAGAAAACAACAAGUGGCGACUGAAAACCGGUCUCGUAGUCGAAGCUGAGAAGAAAGUAUUGGUGAAAAUUCCUUCUUUUGAGCACCCAGUUCAUUCCAUGAUAAUGGAUCCGGACGACUUAGUCUGGGAGAAAUACUUUACUCGUGAAGAAAUAAAUGAGAUAAAGUCGUAUAAUGUAAAACCUCUGGAGAAGCUCCCACAGGAAUUACAAGAGUAUCUUGAUUUAUACGAUAAGGAGUGGAUAACAGGAAAUGAAUCACGUGAAUAUGCAGAAAACCAAAAACAUUUUUCCUUCGUCAAAUUUGACAAGAGAUGGCUCCUCCAAAGAAUGAUUGGAAUUUCUGAGCUUUUCUGUGACGAUAAUCAAUUGCACCUUGAAGAUUAUUCAGAGUCUGAUCUGCUGCAUGAGCUCUGGCCAUUCGUAUAUAAAAUCUUCAGAGAUCGCAGUAUCCGAGGAAAGCUUGGCGAACGCAGCAGUGUUGCAGUAGCACUGGCAAGAAAUGCUAAUCGGUCUCUUGAAACUGAUAAAAAAAGGCAAAGAAAAGCAGUGGGAGCAAAAGUGGAUAUCUUAUUCACGAUCAAAAAUAAUGAAUUCGGAUCGUGUGAAAUCGGAAAAGAUAUGAUUACCGUUGCAGAUGACAAGUAUAUGGAUGAUGGGUUGGUCAAGCUGCCUAAGACAUUAAGAGACAUGCUUUGCAUGCUUGUGAAUCAAACCCCACACCAAAUCAAUAACUUAACAACUAUUGGACUUCUUAUUAUGGGACUAAAAAUGGAAUUAUUAAGAAUGGAUGUUCCUUACAAAAGUGCAAUAACAAGAGUUUUAAGAUCAUCAGUGUUUGAAUUCCCUUCAUCAUCCAACGACAUCAAUAUUGACCUUAUUCCUAUUUUUGAGAUUAUUUGGAAGGCAAAACAGGCCAUGCUCAAGAAUGUUCAAUUACUUAAAGAUCGUAAAAGAAAAGCUUCUGAACUUAUGACCAGUAUUGCAAACAAGACGACUGUGUUACCACAUUCCUUUGUUCGCUUCUCUGGCAACAAAGUCUAG